AUGAUGCAAGUCUCUACCGAAAACACGACCUUCAGCGGAGGAAGUGUGACGCCAAUCAUAGGAUUUAAUGCCACACUUGAUUAUAAUUCAACAACCAUUUAUCAAGGAUUAAAUUUUUCAUCUAUUCAAAACGGUAGCAACUCGAAUUUUUUGGAUGAUGUGAAAAGUCUAUGUUGCGAUCCGACUACCAGUAGCCUGUUCUCCAAUGUCUGCGAGAAAAUGAUGCUAGCGUUCUUCCUGGAUUGGGAUACUUACCUAGCGAGCUUCGAGUUGGACAACAGCCCAAAGAUCAUCCUGACAGUGUUAUAUGGCGUCAUCGUGUUAAUAUCACUGUUGGGUAAUUCGCUCGUGCUGCUGACCUUUGCCUGCAACCGUCACAUGCGGUCCACCACAAAUGUUUUUAUCAUGUCUCUAGCUGUCAGUGACCUUCUCUAUACUCUCACAGCUGCACCAUUUGAUAUUGUUGUGACCUUCACUACUUACUGGCAAUCAGGAUCCUUCUCGUGUCGGAUGGUACCGUUUAUGAACAGUUUGUCCGUGUCCUGUAGCUCACUAACCCUCUGUUGUAUUGCUUUCGAUAGAUUCUACGCCCUUGUGUAUCCUCUUCGAGGAAAAAUCUUCGAGAGCCAGAUGAAAGCAUUUGCAUUGUUGCUGUUUGUAUGGGUUCUUUCCGUAGCUACAAGUUUGCCCAAAGCACAACAGUAUGAGUUAGUACCCUACCGGUCGCUCUGUGAUACAAAGUACCUGUGUAUGCAGCCGCUGGUGAAUGGGGUGGCGGAAGAGAUCCUCCAGACAUGGCUACCAUUUACAUUGCUGUUCAUGCUUCCUCUCAUUAUCAUGUCUGUACUUUACGGUAUCAUCAUCUAUCGCCUGUGGAUUAAGCGUCCCGUCGGUUCAUCAGUCCAGCACACGCAGAGCAGUCAGUUGAGAAUCAAGAAGAAAGCCAUUAAAAUGCUGCUAGUGGUUGUGUUCUUGUAUGUAAUAUGCUGGAUGCCUCUCCAGUGCUUCAGUAUAAUUACUCAAAAGUCGAACGUGCGUCCUACACAGACCAUACGACAGCUGCAAAAGUAUCUGCAGUGUUUGGCGGUGAGCAGCUGUUGUUAUAACCCUGUCAUAUAUACACUGAUGAAUGAAAAAUUUCGUAGGAAUUUUCUUAACAUUAUCACGUGUAGAAGGACGAAGGUAUUUCCACUGAUGAUCAACUCCAAGGUCGAGCAUCAGAAACGGCAGCACAACAAACGGAAGAUCCAGCCUCGUCACCAACACAAGGUGUCAGAGGAACCACCGAGCAGAGACACCUUGGAAACACGUCUCUAA